GACGGCCAGUGGUCCACGAACGGGAAGAUGUCCCAGUCUAGGUUAAACAGAAUCAGGGAUGCCUUCCGCCUUCUUCUCGCCGCUAUUAUGUGGAUCAUGCGCAUGGGUGGUGACGACGCCCGUUCUCACUUAGUCUACAAGGCCUUGUACUACUCGCAGCUUGUCGUGAAGCCCACUCUGCUGGCGGCAGGGUUGCAGGCGUUCAACUGGCGUAGGCAUAUUGUCGACUUCGGGAAUGCUGUUUUGUUUCACCUUGGAAAGCGGCCCGUGACGUUGGAUACGUUUCGCAACUACAUCAUGGAGUGGGCGGCGUGUGGAGUAAGCUUCAACUACAAGGCCGGUUUGGAUGACCCUAACGUGGCGGCAAGGAUGGAUUGGAUGGGGACGGGACCUAUCGCCGACGAAAGGAAGGACGGUGGAGAUGAUGGCGAUGGAAGGUCGUGAGAGUCGCCGUAGUGGCACCUCCUCGCCUUGUCUUCACGCGGAGCGGAAGGUCCCUUGGUUGAUGGCGCCACGUCCGUCGUCCUUCGUUUGCUGAGAAAAGGUGGGGGGGGGGAAGGAAGGAAGGAGCGGGUGGGGGAACGGAAGGAGGGGAUGGAGGAAUGGAAGGCGGAAGGUGUAGGUGGGGGAAUGAAAUGCAGGGGGUGGAGGGGUUGCCACGUUCGCCCGACGGGGCUUUGUUUGCGGAUGGACGUUGUGCUGGUGUCGGUGGUUGUCGGUGUGGUCGGUCGACUUAGCUGUUUAUGUGCCGCGUGCAGUAUAGAAUGGAAGUCAUUAUGAGAAUGACACUUUUUUUUAACAAAAUAAAACAACGUCU